AUGGCCGUCUCUGUAAACUCGACCUUGACCUAUGAGGGACUGUCUAAUGGGCUCCGUAUCUUUCACUCAGUCUGCUCCAUCACAAUUGCUGUGGCGGGGACUGUGGGCAACAGCUUCAGUAUCUACAGAUUGACUCAGAAGGGUCAAAAACAGCAAACCUGUAACAUAUACCUUGCAAACCUCAGCGUCAACAACCUUCUCAGCUCUGGGAUCAUUCUUCCUCUCAUCGCCAUCAAUUCCUUCUUCAAGGGUUGGAUCUACGGCACUGCGUUCUGCAAAUUCUUUGCAUAUUUCUUGUACAGCAACAUUUGCGCCGAGGCGAACGCUUUCGUCCUCCUGACCGUCAACCGCUUCAUGAAGAUAGUCCAUCCCAAAACCUACAACACUGUGUAUGGCAGGACUCGGAACAACGCCAUCAUCAUAGGUGCUGGCUGGUUGAUGUAUGCCAUAAUCUUCAUCUUGCCACUGACCGACGCACUGGGUCAGUUUGCCUUCGACCCCAACAAGAACUUCUGUGGAAUAAUUAACAAAGACAAGUUUGCUUCGGUCGUUGCAAUGUGUAUCCUUUCAACAUCCCUUCCAGUCAUCGUCUUCAGCUACGUGUCCAUCUUUCGCACAUAUAAGAAGUCCAAGCAGAAGAUAGCGGAUAAGAAGGAUGUGGAGCAAACGAACACAGGAAUCCACUCCAAACAGGAAGUGCGACUUCUGCGCAUGAUCAUAAUUAUCCUCGUAUGUUUCGUGCUCACCUAUACCCCCUUUGCCGUGAUGACAAUCAUAGAUCCAAGCAUGGAGCUUGCCGGACAAUGGAUCCACACCAUCAUGUCGAGCAGCACAAGGAACCGUAGCCUUCCACGCCAAUGCUCAGGACAAAACUAUUCAGCUCUAUACAGGAAGACCUAUCCCCUUCGACCACGCCUUGUCAACGCAGGCUCUGCUUACAACGCUCAGACUGGAAGGUUCACGGCUCCUGUGGCUGGAAUCUACCUGUUCUGGACCCAGAUAGAGUGA